CGAGCCUGACCACCAGUUCCUGUUAGUUGCCUCUUACGACAAGCAUACUCGCGUUAUACGACAUGAAUGGGUUGCUGAAGACCUAUUCUACCCCAGAUCUUCACGGAUCAUCUCCUAAUGCAAAUUGCCCCUUGGAUAUACAUGAGACCCCAUGGCGAGGUCUCAAAGCUAGCUAUAUUUCCAUAGUUUUGCACACGUGUAAACUGAUGCAUGUGACAUGAGUAUUGAUUUCAUUUUAUGUGACUCUCCAUUUGUAUUCUGCAGAUAGAAACGAUUUGUCAAUUCUACCUUGAUUUCUGUAAUAAUGCUGCAACCACAUGAAUAAAGCUUUUAUCAAUGAUAAACCUAAAGUAUACAAUCAAACAAGGCAGGGAUUCCAUACGCCUCUGCUUAAAGUAUCGGCAGUAUCGGGUGCGUUAACUGAGAAAACAUUGUUUGAACUAUAAAUUGCUUAAUGGUGCCUGGUGGUAUUUCGAAAUGAAGUCAAUAGAUGAAACCGAUGUGGGUCCAUACUGGUUUGUAAAUGAACAAUAGCUCAGCCCUAACUAUACAUAAGUGGUGGAUGUUAGGUGAGAAACGUGAAUUGUUUCCAUCUCUGCGUACAUUAGCGCUCGCCUUCACUGCAAACUAUGUCAUUUAAACAGUCGCGUAUUAUACACCAGCAACGCAUCCUCUCAAUCCAGUAUGAAAGGACGACAUAUCUGUGGACACCCGACGUAGGCGUUGAAAGCGAAGCAGGGGCUUUUCUGGUGAACUUCGAGCAGUAAAGGUGAACAAGAUCUUGAAGCCGUUUGUGGGUGUCUCGUAGUUAUUGAAGGCGAACAAAAACAACGGUUUAGCCUGGACAAAAGUCAUUAAAGUCGGACAAGUACAAGCGUUGAGGAUGAAGGGGUCGCCAUGAGGUGAACAAAGACCUCCAUUGAGGCUGACCCAAUAGUGUUAUUGUGCGCACCAGUAGCCGUUAAAGGGGCAUCCAUCGGAGGCAAUCCAGUACCUGUUAAAGGUGAACAAAAAGCGAGCGUUUUUGGUGAACCAGUCGUCGUUGAGGGUAAACCAGUGAUUGUUUAUUGUGAACAAAGAACAAAUGUGGAUAACCAGUCUCGGUUGAGGGUGAACCAAUAAACGUUGAGGGAGAGCCAGUAAACGUUGAUUGUGAACCAGUAACUUUGAGGGAGAGCCAAUAAACGUUGAUUGUGAACCAGUAAACGUUGAGGGAGAGCCAAUAAACGUUGAUUGUGAACCAGUAAACGUUGAGGGAGAGCCAAUAAACGUUGAUUGUGAACCAUUAAACGUUGAGGAAGAGCCAAUAAACGUUGAUUGUGAACCAGUAAACGUUGAGGAAGAGCCAAUAAACGUUGAUUGUGAACCAGUAAACGUUGAGGGAGAGCCAAAAAACGUUGAUUGUGAACCAGUAAACGUUGAGGAAGAGCAAAUAAACGUUGGGGGAGAGCCAGUAAACGUUAGGGGAGAGCCAGUGGUCGUUAAGAGUGAACACAGAAGAAUCGUUGUGGGAGACGUCAUUUGGGUGGAACAGGAGCCUAACUACUAGCUGUGGAUUGUGAACAAAGGACAAUGGUUGAGGAUGAACCAGUACCCGUUGAGCGUGAACUCAAGUCGUUGAAUGAAGACAAGCAGUUGAUGUGACCGAACUGCUAACAGAUGAAUGUAGACUAGAUGCUGAUGUGACCGAACUACUAACAGAUGAAUGUAGACUAGAUGUUGAUGUGACCGAACUACUAACAGAUGACUGUCGACAAGAAGAUGGUGGAAACGCCUGGUGUGCAGACCAAGAUGGCGCUGUCUCCCGGGGAUAAGUCGCCGAGAGCGUGGCGUCAAGUCUGGACUUCGUUUGCUGAAGACACCAGCCUCCACGCCUGCAAUUAUCUGGCGAAGACGCAGAGGACACGGGCCGAGAGAAUAUGGUGGUUGAUCAUCUUUUUCACAAUGGUCACCUGCCUGCUGUACAUUCUGGGCGACCUGUUAACAAGUUACUUGAGGUACCCAGUUAUUACCAAGUCGAGUGUGGAAUAUCUCCCGUCAAUGGAGUUCCCCACUAUAACCUUCUGCAACGCUAAUGGAUUCAACAGCAGCAUGGCGGAAAACGCUACCGAUGUGAAGGAAAUGUUCUUGUGGUUUAACCCAAUUCUCAGGCGUGUUAUAAAAAGGAACACGUCUUCAGUGCUUCCCUCACUGAAGAUGCGACAGGACACUCUCUACAAAGCCAUGUCCCUCAAGAAAGAGGACUACGUGCUGUUGGCCCUGCUCCGAGAACAGGAUGUGAGUCUCGAGAUGUUUGACGAGAUUAGUGGCAACGUAGGCUACUGCUUCCGGUUUAACAGCGAACAAAUGAUCCGGCGCCAUGGAGCCCAGACAGCAGGCGUCCCAGGCCCGUCGGGGUCCCUGCAACUGCUCCUGGACAUCCACCAGGAGAACAACUUUCCCGGCCCAUACAACCAGGCAGCCAUGAUGGUAUACAUCAAUCACCCGUCCGACAAGCAGAGUUUUAUUGAUCCCGCGAUUGCUGUGGCCCCAGGAACGACAGCUUACAUCUCCAUGACCAAACACCAGUACAAGUUCCUGCCGAAGCCGUACAAGUCGUUUGGUGCUGACAACUGCCUUGACACCGACAGUCCCAGCUUCAGGAACCCCCUGAAGUAUGCGCCUACCUACAGCUGGGAGGCAUGCAUCUCAGAGUGUCUCUCCCACUACACCACCACCAACUGUGGGUGUAAGUCCAUUGAAGACCCUGGUAAGUGUGAUACCCGACUCUCCUCCACCAACUGUGAGUGUAAGUCCAUUGAAGACCCUGACGAGCUGCCCUACCCGUACUGCACGAUGGAGGGGUUCAUGACCUGUUCAUUGGGCUACAUGCAAACCAUAUACGUCAACCAUACGUCACAGCGAGAACUCUGCCACUGCGAGAAGCCGUGUAGAUUCUUUGUGUACGACACCAAACUAUCCUAUGGAGCAUUCCCAUCCAUGGCGGUCACCAACUAUAUGGUUGAGAAUAACUUUGUGCCGUCGGCUGAAUAUGCCAGACAAAAUCUGAUGCACAUCAACAUAUGGUACGAAAGGUUGAUCAUACAAAAGCUUGAAUACGAGCCGGAGUACACAUUGAACUCUAUUGUAGGCACCCUGGGAGGUCAGAUGGGUUUCUUCCUUGGGGCGAGCAUUGUGACGCUCUAUGAACUGUUUGAAGCCUGCGUGUACUCGGUCAAGGCCUUUGUCAAGAACCGUAUUACUCGGAAACAAACACACCGCACUCAUCCGGGGCACUAGAAUCCCAUCAUCCUCUGCAUGCUGUGUACUGUUCACGCAUGGCUGGCUUACGGUCUAGGUUGAAGUUAUUGUUUUGAAAACUUGCUGAUUUUGUCUGAACAAUAAAUAACGCUUGAGGUCCAUAGUUUGGAUGAUGGCAUUUAUCAAAAUCGGCUAAGAUUAUUACACGUUUCAUUUGUUCAAUAGAAUUUAAUGAAAAAUACUUGGUAAAUGUGUCUAUGAACUUUUAUUAUUUUGCAGGGUUAAAUCAUGAAAUUAGAGACAACAGGGAGAUACAAUAAUUCAUAAUUCAUUCAAGUUUGCUUGAUAACGGUGUUAGAACCUACACAGAAACGUCGCUCCUAAUUGUAAUAAAGAAGUUGUUCAUCCAUA